AGGACCUGUUGAAGGGUUCCCCCCAUUUCAGGCCGUUUCCUCAGCAACACCCCAAUUAAAAACUUUGUUUAACAAACGAAAUAACUAGAAUUAGAGGAUUUAGUUCACAUUUGCUGGUCAGUUGGUGCAAUUUAAUUAUUCGGAAAAAGUAAUCGUUUAAAAACACUUCAAAAUGGGCAAGAAAAAGGGAGGAAACAAGAACAAACUGGCCAAGAUGUCCGAGGAGGAACGGGCCAGGUACCUCCAGCAUCGGGCAGACAUGGAAGAGGAAGCUAGGCGCCGGAAGCAGCAACUGAUUGCCACUUUUAUGAAGAACAAACUGAAGCGCGAGGAUGCCUUUUCGAGGCUCAACCUGGCCAAAAUCAACCAGGAGUGGCGAUCGAUUUUGCGCAACAUAAAGUGCAAGGAAAUGCGCAACGAGAUCGAACAGGUGGAAAAGAUGUGCACCGAGUGCAUCGAAAACAAGAACGGCAUCAUUCGCCGGCUCCUCUGCGAUCUGGACGAAUCAGAGGAAAUUUACUCGACCAUGCUGCACGCCCACAUGGAGAAGAUCGAGAAGAUCAUGAGCGUCCACGCGGAUCGGUUGCGCUUCCUCACGAAGCUGUACGAGGUCGAGAAGCGGGAGAUCAUCGAGAACUACGACUUGGAGAUCGCGAACUAUAAGGCGAAGAAGUUUGGGCUGCAAAAGGAGCUGGAGUGCGUGUUUUACGGAUUGGCGGAAAAGUCGAGGAUCGAUCGGCGGCAGGCCGAGGAGGAGCACAUGGCCAAGAAGGAUGAGCUGAAGAACUCGAUGAUCUUGAAGCUGGAAAUGAUCACAAAGGAGCGCGAACGUCACAUGGAAAAGCUGUGGAAGGAGUUUCAGAAGGUGCUCAACACGUAUCUACGCAACACGGAAGAGUAUCGCAACGAGUACAGCAAACUGCGUGAUCAGGACUCGAAUGACACGCGCCACAUCCAGAACCACUACGUGGAGGUCGCACGGCUGAGCGAUUUGAUAGCGAACCUCCGACUGAAGCUGACGACAAUCCGAGAUGAGCACGAGUUCAACGUGAAGCAGCUGCAAAAGUCCAAGAUGGAACUGCAGGAACGCGUUCGGAACGUCAAGCAGGAAAUGGAAAUCGGACUCAAGAUGGACGAGGAGAAGCUGAAACAGCUGGCCGUGUGUAGUAACGGAGCGCUCAAGUAUUUGCAAAAUUUGCUCAAGCGAGGCAACGCCAUCCUCCAGAUUGCGACGUUCUGCAAGAAGUUUGAGACGGAAAACGAAAGUCUGCUUCCGUUUGUUCACAGUGCAGUGAAGAGGCAGAUGUUUGAGGUGGACGAGGAUGAGCUAAAGGAACCGUCGACGGAGUUUGACGUGUUCAAGAAGGAGACGUUCGGUAUAGCGAAAAAGUUUGAAAACUUCUGGAUGAGAUUCAACAAGGCGCGUAUCGAUUGCGCAUGUCUUCAGGAGGAGAAGCAGCAACUGCUGGAGGAGAACGAACGGCUGAAGAGUCAGCUGAAGGAAUACCUGAUCACGGUCAACAUAAGCAACGGGGGAUCGCUGGAGUCAAACGAAACGCUGCUGGCUCAGCGGCCAAGUUCCAUGAAGGUCGAGAAGGUGAUGCAUAUAGAUUUGAAGCUAAAGGCCGUUAGAUUCAGCAAAAAUGGGCAACGCAGACCUGUUACGUGCAUUGAGGGUAAUUUGAGCAAUGCGAUUAGAAACGAUAGGUUGCUUGAGAUUAAGAAUAAACCAACUGAGCUGUAUUCAGUUGUUCAGCAGUCCUAAAACGGUUUUGAAAAAAACCUCUGAAUUGAAGAAAAUUAAUUCUAGAACUUCAAUUGAUUAACAAUAUGUCAAAAGAAGAGAACCUAAAAAAAUAAACAAAAAUUAUCAUGAUCAUAAAUUAAUAGAAUAAAAAAAAAUGAUUUAAUAAAUAUAUAAUAGAAAAAAUUAAACAUAUAAUAUAAUUCAAAAAAAAUCCCAAAGUUGAUAUUUUUUUUUUCAAAUCUUACAAGGCUGGUACAAAUUUUAUUUAAAGUUUUUGUCCCUCCUUCAAAGUUGGCCCGAAAAAUCAGGGGGCAAAAAAAUAUUUUUACAAAAAACUUCAUUAUUUUUAUGAAAAUUUAAGUGCAAUUAGUUAAAAUCUAUUUAAAAUGAAUUCCCCUGCGUUUAGAAUCAUUUUUAGCAUGUUUGGGUUGAUUUAAAAAUCUUUUGAAUUUUUGAAAAUUUUCCAUGUCUACUAUCGCUAAAGUUCUUUUUCGCUAAAAUUUUUGUUUUCGUCAAAUUUUACAUUUUUUGAAAACUUUUAUUGCAAAACAACUGAACUAGUGUAAAAUACAUUUUAAAACACUUUUUCCAUGCAAAUGUUGGAACUAUGGCAUGUUAUUUUAAUAUUUAUAUUUUUUUUGCCCUCCCAUCAACUCCGGCCAGAGCCGAGGAACAAAAACUUUAAAAAAUAUUAGCAUCGGCCUAGUUUAUUAAAAAAAAUCUAAAAAAUUAUUGAAAUUCGCAAUUCGCAAUUUUCAGUGUAAGAACGGGCCUUGACCGAUCUUAUGCACUAGGUUCCCAACGAACACGCACUGCCCUUACACCUACAUCUCACCCUUGCUCUGAGUCAGUACGAGCAGCACGCUAGAACACGCUUUGAGUGUUCGUGCCAGGCAUGCACACCUUCUUUUCCGGUUACGCAUUUUAACUCGGCCGGGGGUGGUACAUUACGUAGGGUUUGAUGUAAGUAUAAGCGCCUAACCAUUUAAAGUGUGCCUAUCAACUUUCAUUAAAGCAAAAACUAUUUUAGUUUUAUUUUGAAUUCAAAAACUAAUUGUUAUUUACUGUGUUUUGUUUUCUCCUGAAAUCUUCCCUAUUGUUGAGUCGUGUUUAUCUGUUGCUUUUUCUUUUGUCGCGGUGUUUUGUUACAAUUUUUGGUCCUAAGCAUUUUAUAAAAGUUUUUCAAAAGUACAAUAGUAAUAUUUGUGUUAAUUCUUUGAUCAUUCCAAAAAUUAAGUAAGGGCUCGAACCUCAUUUGUUUGAAGAAAAGGGUGAAGAUUGAAAACAUUGGACAGUGAAAGAAAUAUACUAUGUAAAGAAUCAAUAGUGAAAGAAAGAUAGUAAUUUAUGAAGCAGAUAAAGAAAUUAACAACAGUUAAUAAAUAGAGGUAACAAACAAGGUUGGAUAGUAUUGAGGGCAAUUCACAGGGAAGAUGAGAAAUUAUUCAAAUAGAUAAAUAAAGAAAAGGCACAUGAUAAACAAAAUUGAUAUCGUUGCCAAAUUAAGGGAAAGCAGACAGUUUGUUACAGCAGCAUCAAUUGGUAAAAUAGAGUGGAAAAGCGUUGAGAAAUAAGAGAAUCAAAUGAGUAAAAUCGAAAUCAAAUGGAGGAUAGUAAACAGAAGCCGCGUUAGAAAAUCAGUGAAACAAAAUAAACAGAAAAUAGGUGGUAGCUGCAAUGAAAAGAAGAGAAACCCCGUUCUGCGAUGCUCAGGUACAUCCACAGCAGUUGACUCAACAUACUGCGAAUCAAAACAAUACCGUCUACAAUCACAAAUUACUUCCCUGUCCCACAUUGGCGCGCCCCUUUCUUUUAGCCGUCUCGAUUCUGACCCACGGCGGUCAAAGGUUUACGAGCCGUUUCCACAGGCCACCAGCUAGGUCAUCAUGAAAACCAAGCCAACGUGGAGGUAAGAAAAUAGG